UGUUACUUACGACAAGAAAAAGAUAAACUUUUUCUCUCCGAAGUUGGGUUCCUUCGUGGAACCUCCCCUCCUCCUCCCUCCUCCCUCCUCCCUCCUUCCUCCGUCCUCAUCACCGCAUCAUCUUCAACUUGACUGCUUUCAAUUCAACAGACACUCUCUCUGUCUCUUCAGCUCAGCUCAAUUUAGCCUCUGUUGACUCGGCCUCUACACUCUCCUGAGGUCUGAUGCCGUACAGAGUGGAUUGCCCCCAUUAAGGUAGAAGGGGUUCUUAAAGAUCCGAUCUUGAAAGCAAUUGGGGCUUUAAUUGUGCCUCCUCCGAAAAUGGCCGAUUCCAUUUUCAACUGGUCACUGGCAUUUGUGAGCAUUUUGAUGGAAAAUGCUCGAGAAUGGCAUAAAUUUCUUGCCCAAGAAAUGCUUGAGCUCAAAAUGAAAAAUUGUGAUCUGUGGAGUUUGAUGGGUGGGAGACUUUCGAAACGCAAUAGUGCGAGGUAUUCGUCUUACGGCGGCUCGAGUUCGCAUCCGUGGGGCCAUCAGAGCUAUCCUGAUCCUCGGUAUUCUUUACCUCGCGAAGAUUAUGCAGCACCACAGCAGCAUUACCCGCCCCCUCCUCAAAGCUAUGGGGGUUAUGGCCCUCCUCAGUCUAGAAGAAAACUGGAGAGGAAGUUCUCCAAAAUAGAUGAUGAUUAUACUAGCCUUGAGCAGGUUACAGAAGCCCUAGCACGUGCUGGGCUGGAGUCUUCGAAUCUUAUUGUUGGAAUCGACUUUACAAAGAGUAACGAGUGGACAGGUGCAAGGUCAUUCAACCGGAGAAGCCUUCAUCACAUCGGAGAUGGCCAAAAUCCAUAUGAACAGGCAAUCUCAAUAAUUGGGAAAACAUUAUCAUCCUUUGACGAGGACAAUUUGAUACCCUGUUUUGGCUUCGGAGAUGCCUCAACGCAUGAUCAAGAAGUUUUUAGCUUUUAUCCAGAUGAAAGAUUCUGUAAUGGGUUUGAAGAGGUUUUGAUGCGUUAUAGAGAACUGGUUCCUCAACUAAGAUUGGCAGGGCCCACAUCAUUUGCUCCAAUAGUUGAGAUGGCCAUUACAAUAGUUGAGCAGAGUGGAGGCCAGUACCAUGUCUUAGUAAUAAUUGCAGAUGGGCAGGUAACAAGAAGUGUUGAUACAAAUGGUGGCCAGUUAAGUCCCCAGGAGAAAAGCACUGUUGAAGCGAUUGUAAAAGCAAGCGAGUAUCCCCUGUCGAUUAUACUUGUCGGUGUUGGAGAUGGACCGUGGGACAUGAUGAAGGAAUUCGAUGAUAAUAUUCCUGCCCGUGCCUUUGAUAACUUCCAGUUUGUAAAUUUCACAGAGAUAAUGUCGAAGAAUAUGGAUCGAUCAAGAAAAGAAGCAGAAUUUGCUCUUGCAGCUCUAAUGGAAAUACCUUCCCAGUACAGAGCUACGCUGGAGCUUAAUAUACUUGGUACUCGUAGAGGGAAAGGGAUAGAUCGGGUUUCUCUUCCUCCGCCGCAGUACAAUACAUCUUCAACCACAAAACCUUCCCAAUCAAGCAGUAGCUUUCGACCAAGUGCUCCUUCAGCUGAGCACGAGCCAGCUAGCGAGACAACUCCUUCGAGUUCUACUUCUGAUAAUAACCUUUGCCCGAUUUGCCUUGAUAAUGUGAAGGAUAUGGCCUUUGGUUGCGGUCAUCAGACGUGCUGCGAUUGUGGGGAACGACUGGACUCGUGCCCAAUAUGUCAAAGCUUCAUACAAGUCAGGAUAAAGCUCUAUUAAUCCCUCGAACUUCAUGUUUAUUCAAGCCCCCCAGCUUGCCAAGGUUCUUCUGCUUCAGGACCAUUUAUUGUACAUACCAGCAGAGAUAAUUUGGAUGGAUAAGAGUGGGGUGGCUUCGAUUUCAUCUUCAGGUUAAGUUUGAAUUCCAACCAUUUGGAGGAUGCGUUUGAGAAUGUUCAGUGUAUUGGUACAAUAAGGUUGACAAAAAGUUUGGCAGUGAAUCUGAUAAAUUAGAGGGUAAUGUCAUGCUUUUGGCGGUCGAUCAUCUUCUUGUGGAAAUAUAGAAUUGUCAAUUCAUGCAAA